UUUUUUCAUUGUGCAUGACAUGUGAUUAAGUUCACGUUUGAUUUUUUAAGGAACAUUUUAUAGAACAAUAUAUAAGGUAACUUUUAACUUAAAACUGUGUAAUUUUGUUCUUCUGUUCCUGUGAUUUUAUAAUCGUCAUGUAACAUUUGUACGGGACAUAAAGAUGGCAGCAUAUCCUCCGGCACCGAAUCAACAGGCGCCUCCACCCCCUGCUCCAUAUGCACCAGGCCAGCCACAUCCGGGAUAUGCGCCUUACGGACAACCUUACGGCCAACCUAGCAAUGUGGUAGUCAUCUCUCAACCAGGAGUUCCUAGGGGUGCCGGGAAUUGCGCAUAUUGUGGCAUUGGCUUCGUGAGGACUCAGUACACACUGCCAGGGCUCCUUCUGUUUGUGAUAUUUUUCCCUAUCGGUAUUGUGUGCUGUCUUAUGAUGACGGAGAGACGAUGUAGCCAUUGUGGAACAAAGUGUUAGACCUGACCAUUACACAUCCAUCCAUACCCGUAGAUUACUGUCUAACACGCAUAGAGUCAGUUAGAAGUCAUCAAUGUCUUAUCAUAUUGUUCAUUUUCAAUAAAAGAUCAGAGGAAAUCCGAGGAAUCUCAAGCAGUCUAAUUUAACGACGACAACGACGACGACGACAACAACAGCAGCAGCAGCAACAAAAUAAACGUUAAUAUGAUAGCUCUAUUGGUGUCAGUGUCUCUCAUGAAUGCGAAGUCAUUAGAUCACUCACCCAACAUACUUUCUAUGGAAGAACGAUUUUCACAAGUGGAUUUUUUCCAAGAUACAUACUACUUGUGUGAACUAUUUUAAUUUCUGUUCAUUUUAAAGAAUCAUUGCCGUAUGUUGUGCCAUGGUUAAUCUUUCUCAGAAACUGAUACUGGAAUAAGUUGCAAUAUGGAUUUGUUAGAUAAAGACUGAUACUAAAAAUAUCAAUACCAACACGUUAUUAACAAUAAUAUUAAUUUGACUUUUUUGGGAGUGAAAUAAAAUCAUUACUUAAUUUAAGCAUAAGAGACGAUGGUCGUUUUGAUCCGGUUAAAGAAGAAAAUUCGAUGUUUCAGUAGGAAAAACUAACAUAAUUAUGAUAAAAAAAAGCCAUUACAUUUGCGUCUUUCACAAUUGUAUUCAUUAAUAACACGUUCGAUAAAAUUGAUAAAAUGCUGGAAUAUGCAAAGACACUGUAAUAUCCUCUAUAUGUUUAAUAUUGACGUUUCGGCGCUAUGCCUUUUUUUUCAAGAUAAACAAGUAAAUGGUCAAAAAGACGUGAUAAACAAUAUUGCAUAAACAAAAUAUCGAAAGAAAUAUUUUAAUAAGGAUUGACAUUUGUGAACUGUGGAUAUUGUUACAUAUCAUUCAUAUUUUUAAAAUAUAUAAAAAACGUUUCAAACGUUAACAAAA